CCUCUACAAGUUGUGGGCACCAUAGGAACUACAGCUGACAGAAAGGAUAUUAUUCCGUUGUAUGGGCUGCAGCGGUGGUGUGCUAUCUCCGAGCAAACAGGCCUAGGUUCAAAACCCACCCAUUUCUGAGGUGUGUCGUAACAUCUCUGGAUUAGAAAAUUUGUGGUUGAAUUUUCAUAAUAGUCUAACUCAAUUUCGCCCUUCUGAAGGAGCCCACGAUCUGUUGAACUUGAUAAAACUGCAACAAGCAGCUCCUUCUACGUUUGAUCCGGGAGUGCGCAGAACGUGACUGGGAUGAGUCGGAGUUUUCCUCCUUUGCGACCAGAAAUACGCAGCUUCGGUCCAACACAGGGUCGGCCCGAAAGCUUUAAACCGGUGGCAAAAACCUUUUGAAUCGAAACUUUAAAACGUUUGCUAAACGGUCUGAAAAAAAAAGCCCCAGGCUAAAUAAAGACCUUUUUAAAUAAAGCCAUGUGACACAAUAUAAAACCUACCCAAUGACCUCUCACUCCCUUCCCCUUGGUCUAAGGAAGAAAACUGGUCCUGGUGAGAGAUUCGGUGCAAUGAUGGCUUUUGAUGGCAGUGCUAUGAUUUUAUUCUUAGCCAGAGUUAAGGAUGUUUGAGUGAGGUUUUUUUAAUGUAGCCGGGUUUUGGGUGGUACAGGUGACUGGCGACCUCUGGGGAAAGGGAAUGGCUCUGAGAGCCUCCAGCCAGCAACAGCAGCGGCCGGGCUCCGCUAAGGGAUCGAGCCCCCUGGUUAAGCCGAGCCCGCUGCGCCUGAGCCGGCUACAGGAGAAGGAGGAGCUGCGGCAGCUCAAUGACCGGUUGGCCGCCUACAUCGAGCGGAUCCGCUGCCUGGAGGGCGAGAACCAGGCGCUGCUGGCCAGGCUGAGCGAGCAGCAGGAGGCACACAGCUCCGGUUACCGCACCAGCCGCUCCCUCUACCAGGCUGAGCUGAGCGGGGCCCGGCAGCUGCUGGACCGCACGGCGAACGACAAGGCUCGGCUACAGCUGCAGCUGACCCGCCUCUCCGAGGAGCACCGCCGCUUGCAGGAGAGAAAUGCAAAAAAGGAAUCUGAGUUGAAAUUUGCUUUGGCCCGGGUGAGCGAUUUGGAAACUUCCCUGAAUUCCAAAGAAGCUCAGCUGGCGACAACAUUAAGUGAGAAGAAGACCUUGGAGAGUGAGCUCACCGAAGUCAAAGCUCAGCUCGCAAAUAUUAAUUCAGUUGCCAGUGACGCUAAAGCACAACUCCAAGAUGAAAUGUUACAAAGAUGUGACUUGGCAAACAGAGCACAGACGUUGCAGGAAGAGCUGGAUUUCCAGAAAAGCCUCUAUGAGAAGGUUGUUGCUGGUUUUCAGGAACAUGAGGAAAUCAUUAGACAGGGCUACAGGACUUUGUGCAGAGUUGAGAAGACCAAGUUAUACCUGUUGGAAGAUAAAGUGAGGGUGAUCAAAGGUGUCCCGGCUGCCAUGUCGGUACUGGAGCUUAAGUCCUUCCUUGGGUUGGUAAAUUAUUACAGAAAGCUAAUAUGUAACCUGGAAUCCCAUCCUGGCAUCCCAACGUUUGCUGUUGAAAAAGGGUCAGCCUUGAAAAUGGUCUCGGAGCCAAGAUGUGGCCUUUAG